ACCAUCUUUGCCGCACCGCGUCACGAACGAGCGGGUGCAUGCCCAGAGGUUUCCAAGAUGGCGAAGAAAUCGCAGGCGGAGAAAGCAGCACAAAACGAGGAGACUGCAAAGAGCAACGACGACCCGAUGAACGACGACGAGGAGCCGAACUUCAGCGACCCCGAGGGUUUCGUUGAUGAUAUCAGCGACGAGGAGCUGCUUGGUGAUAUCUUAAAGCAGAAGCCUUCGGAGACAGAUGGAGUGGAAUCUGUGAUUGUCGUGGAUAAUGUACCUCGAGUGGAGCCUGACAAAUUGGAGAAGCUGCAGUCUGUUAUCAAUAAAGUGCUGGGAAAAUUCGGCACUAUAGUCAACCAGUACUAUCCAGUGAACGAGACUGAUGGAAAGACAAAGGGAUACAUCUUCCUGGAGUACAACAAUCAUCUAAACGCGCUCACGGCCGUCAAGUCUACUAACAACUACAAGAUUGACAAGUCCCAUACAUUCAAGGUCAAUCUUUUCACGGACUUUAAGAAGUUUGAGGACAUUCCCGAGGAUUGGGAACCACCGACAGCUCAGCCGUUCAAGGCUGCAAGUAAUUUGCAUUACCAUCUGCUCGAGCCAGAUGCUUACGAUCAAUUUAGUGUUCUCAGCGGCAACGGGGCGAAUGUGACGGUGCAAAUCUGGCAGAACUCUGCUCCGGAGCCCACUUCGCUUGAGGAACGUAAUCGCUGGACAGAAACAUAUGUGAAGUGGUCACCACUAGGCACGUAUCUGUCAACGUUCCACAAGCUGGGAGUUGCGCUGUGGGGUGGUCCACAGUUCACCCAACAGGCAAGAUUCAGCCAACGAGGUGUGGAAUGUAUAGAUUUUUCACCGUGCGAACGUUAUUUAGUCACUUAUACUCCACGCACCGACCUCGGACAGGACCAGAAGCGUCUUGUGAUCUGGGACAUCCUGUCGGGCCAGGAAAAGCGAUCCUUCUUCCCCGAUGGAUCCUCCGUCUGGCCGAUCUUCCGCUGGUCGCACGACGAUAAAUAUCUGGCGCGCAUGGGAGAAGAUGUUCUCAGCGUCUACGAGACUCCAUCAUUCGGUCUGCUGGAUAAGAAGAGCAUCAAGAUCCCGGGAAUCAGAGAUUUCAGCUGGUCCCCGACGGACAACAUACUUGCAUACUGGGUGCCGGAGGAUAAGGAUGUCCCAGCCAGAGUAACUCUGCUCGAAAUUCCCAAUCGUAAUGAAAUACGAAACAAGAAUCUGUUCAACGUGGCCGAUUGCAAAAUCUUCUGGCAAAAGUCUGGCGAUUAUUUGUGCGUGAAGGUUGACCGCUUCGCCAAGCGCAAAGAGAAGACGGAACAGAAGUAUACGGGUAUGUCAUACAAUUUUGAGAUCUUCCAUAUGAGAGAGAAACAGAUUCCUGUUGACAGCGUGGAGAUUAAGGAGCCGAUCCACGCUUUCGCGUGGGAGCCGGUCGGCAGCAAGUUUGCCAUCAUUCACGGAGAGAUACCCAGCGUGAACGUUAGCUUCUACGAAGUUCGAUAUGGUCAUCAGCCCGCUCUUCUCAAGAGAUUGGAGAAGAAAGCUUGCAACCAUCUGUUCUGGUCGCCGUCGGGUCAAUUCAUCGUCCUCGCUGGUCUAACGACGAUGGCUGGUGCUCUAGAGUUCAUCGACACCAACGACUUCACCAUCAUGAACUCUACCGACCACUACCAAACUUCGGACGUGGAAUGGGAUCCCACUGGCAGGUACGUCGUCACGGCGGUAUCCGGCUGGAAGACCAGCGUUGACAACGGUUACUGGAUAUGGACGUUCCAGGGCCGUAUCCUGAAACGAGUCAACUUGAACGCGUUUAAUCAGCUGCUGUGGCGGCCGCGGCCGCCAACUCUGCUCACGGCGGAGCAAAUCAAGGAGAUUAAGAAGAACUUGAAGAAGUAUUCGGCGCAGUUCGAGAGCAAGGAUCGCAUGCGGUUGACGCGCGCUUCCAAGGAGCUAAUCGAGAAGCGUUGCCUGCUGAUGAAGGCGUUCGAGGAGUAUCGCACGAAACGUAUCGAAGAAUGGAACAAUCAGAAGAAACGUCGUCUCGAGUUACGUUGCAAUAUUGAUACCGACGAGCUGGAUUCUGAUGCGAAGAACGUGGAGGAGGAGGUCGUGGAAUUUUUCGUCAAAGAGGAAACGUUCGUGAUCGAGGAGAAAUAAAAUCCCGUUGGGUACACGUCGUUAAUCGCCGCGCGCCAGUUGCCAGAUCUUGGAAAUCUCUAAGCCUUCAAACACUCCAUCUGUUGGUUUCCAUCUGCAAAGUGUCGCGAUAUUGAUCGUCGCUGUUAUCGAGCGGUAAUUGUGACGAGUCGAGUAACGCGUUGCAAUUAUCUCGAUUUGUGAAUCAUGUGUGGUGACGGACAAUCACCCUUGUAUUAUUAUUACUAUUGCUGCUACUGCAUCUGGAUCGAAGUCGAUUUUGUGUGCCCGGUGUUACGCGCAAAACGCCGACAUCGUAGCAAUAUCAAAUUCUACCACAUACCUUAUAGAAUAGCCUGCGAAGAAUGUUUAAUUGCGCCACCGAAUCUGCAGUUCGCUCUAUCAACUACUUUACAAAAUAAAAAUGACGAUUUAUCAUUUGAAGCAAGG